AUGUAAAGAAGAAUUGUGUAAAUAUUGGGGGUUUAAGGAUAUCCCUAAUUCAUAUAAGAACAAUUUCAAUAGCAUUAUCAAAAAUUAUUGUUUGUGUAAUCUUAAUUAUACAAUUAGAGACCAUCAGAAAAUCCACUCCAUUUACAAAAUCAACUUACUUUAUGUAUUUUUCAAAAUUAUCAAUAAUUCUAAUUGUUAAAAAAUUCCAUUCGAAUUUUGAAACAUUAAUAGAUCCCUCAUUAUGUAAUAGGUAUUGCAUGUCCCCCUAUUGAUGAUACUUAAGAAUAAGAGGUAUAUAUAUAUGCCAUAUCAAUAGUAUCUACAAUUUAAUGUUAUUCUUAUUGAUUCAUUUUCAUUGUAUUUUUGUGAAUUGGAAGAAAGUACUUAAGACAAGCCAAUAGAUUUAGCUGAAUUGAAGGAUUUCAAAAAUUCAUAAAAAUGUUGUAUUAUUUCUUGA